GCAUGAGAAUAGACUAACACAGGUAGGUUAUCCUGGAUUAUCAGGGUGGGCCCAAUGUAAUCACAUGAGUCCUUAAAAGCAGAAGAGUGGGUCGAAAAAAGUAAAUGGAGGAAGAAGAGAGUCACAGUGUGAGGGAGACUCGACCCAUCGCUGCUGGCUUUGAAGAUGGAGGAAAGGGACCGGAGCUAAGGAAGCCACAGCCUCGAGAGGUGCAGCCAGCAGGGAAACAGGGACCUCAGCCCCACAAUCGCAAGAAGCUGGAUUCUGUUCAAGAUCCAAAUGAGCAGGAAUCAGAGCCCCGCUAGAGCCUCUGGGGGAUGGCAGCCCUGUCAACACCUUGAUUUUAGUCUGGUGAGAGCCACAGCAGACUUCUGACCUACAGAUCUGCAAGUAAGACAUUUAUGUUGCGUCACUUUGCAGUAAUUUGUUCCGGCAGAAAUAGAGAACUGAUCCAGCUAUUAUGAUAAACUCUUUGUAGUCUGCUUUUUAACUUAGAGCUGUUUGCCCAUGUCUUCUGAAACAGCGUUUUAAAUGGCCACAUAGAAUUCACCAUUGAGGAUGGGCCUGUACUGUGGUGUGAUUCGGUGGCUCUCCCUUUUUGACUGUCAUGAAUAAUGGCGGUGAUUAUUUUUCCACACGCAUUGCACACAGCCUCGAUUAUUUCCAUAGGAAGUGUUAGGUAAUUGUGGAUGGAUCUUUUUCAAUGAGUGUUUAAUUAGCAGAAUUUAUCUCUCAACCCAUGCCUUCCUUCAGAGUGUGGAAGAGAGAAAUCAGAGGGACCCAAAGGGGACUCCAGGCCUUGUCCCUUCUGCAACCUUUGUUUCCUCAACUAUUCAAUGGGGCAUCACUGCCUGCCUUGAAGAAAUGUUACAUGUAUUCAUUAGAUAACUUUAUAAGAGUUCCUAGCCCUUAAAAGACACCCAGUAAAGAAGAGGGAGCAGUGUAAAGUCAUAUGUUGAAGAAAACCCUGCGCUCACAGGACUGUCCUGCGGACACUGCCGGAACCACCUCGCAGCCAAGCAAAGUCUGAAGGCGUGUCUGAACCCGGCCACAUUUGCCAGCCUGCAACGACAUGUGUUUGCCACUACACGUGUCACAGACCCGCCUCUUCGAAUUUUGGUUCCCUUUUGCUCACUGGCUUUCUCAUUAAGGCCCAGGUUUUCAUCGGAUCCAGAGACAGGUUUCAAGAACAACGGGCAGGCCCCACCCUUCCAUUCAGAACAGAGAGCCUGGAGUGGGAUUUCCAAAACUCCCAGUAACUUUCCCAACCUCCAUGUGUGGGUUCGGGUCUCUGUCCUCCUACCUCAAAACGUCUCCAGUCUCUGGCUGUUUGUGACUUCCCAGGAGCUCACGAAAAUAGAUCAGAAAUUGUAGAACAUUUGACUGAGCCAUUAAUUUCUCAGUGUAUGCUCAAUGGGGUGGUUUACCUCGUGCUUCAGGAAUAAUAAUAGCAAAUCAAUAACCCCAUUCCGUCCCAAAGCGCCGGAAGUACCCACUUGCCACGCCCCCUCCCCACGACGCCGCACGCCACGCCCUCUCUCCACGGCGUCGCACACCAUGCCCCCUCUCCACGACGCCGCACGCCAUGCCGUUUCUCCACUACGCUGCAUGCCACGCCCUCUCUCCAUGAGCCGCACGCCACGCCCCCCUCCACGACACCGCACGCCGCGCCCGCUCUCCACGACGACGCACGCCACGUCCCCUCUCCACGACGGCGCACGCCACGUCCCCUCUCCACGAUGUCGCACGCCGCGCCCUCUCUCCACUACGCCGUACGCCGCGCUCUCUUUCCGUCACUCCGCAGCCUGCCCUUUCCACUUGGUAAUGUCGUUGAUAUAUGAAGACUGCUCAGUGUCCCUCGGCGUCAUCCAGCCACAAGGCAGAAAAGAAGGAAGAGAAAAAAAGAAGAGAGAAAAAACUACCUAAAACAAGAAGAGGAAGUACUGAAGGAAGCUGCCUCUAAGGACCGGGUGCCAUGGUCCCAGCAGGCCUGACCCCACCUCCCCGCAGGGCUCAAGGGCUGGGUGUCUUGGAGCAACGCUAUCAGGGGGCCUUAGCGUCGGCCCUGGAGGGGAGGCGGUGCUUGGAGCUGAGGAAAAGUCGGCCCCAGGCUGCAGACCAUGCCUCCUGAGACCAUGUGAAGCCCCCAUCUUGCGGAAAGAAUCCUCUCCGAGCUCUGAGAACUCAAGGCGGGCUUACAAGUAAAGAGAGUUGCUCGUCUGCAGCCUCAGGUGGGCAGCCGGGGGCUGUCCCUGUGAGCCUGCUCAUGUGACCCCCCCACUCGAAGCAUUUCGUUUGCCCUCACAAGUGGGCUACACAGGGUAGGCUGAGGGUUUCUCUGGGGAACUGGAAGAUACAAUGUUCACAAACUUUCACCCAGAUUCAGUGGUGAUGAGAGCUGUUGGGAACGUCCCAAAGCCCCGUCCGAAGAAGACGAAGAAGAAGGAUGCGAUCGUGGUGGACCCCUCCAGCAACCUGUACUACCGCUGGCUGACCGCCAUCGCCCUGCCUGUCUUUUAUAACUGGUGUCUGCUUAUUUGCAGGGCCUGCUUCGAUGAGCUGCAGUCCGAGUACCUGAUGCUGUGGCUGCUCCUGGACUACUCGGCAGAUGUCCUGUAUGCCUUGGAUGCGCUCGUGCGAGCUCGGACAGGUUUUCUUGAGCAAGGCUUAAUGGUCAGUGAUACCAACAGGCUGUGGCAGCAUUACAAGACGACCAUGCAAUUCAAGCUGGAUGUGUUAUCCCUGGUCCCCACCGACCUGGCUUACUUAAAGGUGGGCAUGAACUACCCAGAACUGAGGUUCAACCGCCUACUGAAGUUUUCCCGGCUCUUUGAAUUCUUUGACCGCACAGAGACGAGGACCAACUACCCCAAUAUAUUCAGGAUUGGGAACUUGGUCUUGUACAUUCUCGUCAUCAUCCACUGGAAUGCCUGCAUCUACUUUGCUAUUUCCAAGUUCAUUGGUUUUGGGACAGACUCCUGGGUCUACCCAAACAUCUCAAUCCCAGAGCAUGGGCGCCUCUCCAGGAAGUACAUUUACAGCCUCUACUGGUCCACCUUGACCCUUACCACCAUCGGUGAGACCCCACCCCCUGUGAAAGACGAGGAGUAUCUCUUUGUGGUCAUAGACUUCUUGGUGGGCGUUCUGAUUUUUGCCACCAUCGUGGGCAAUGUGGGCUCCAUGAUCUCGAAUAUGAACGCCUCGCGGGCAGAGUUCCAGGCCAAGAUCGACUCCAUCAAGCAGUACAUGCAGUUCCGCAAGGUGACCAAGGACUUGGAGACGCGGGUUAUCCGGUGGUUUGACUACCUGUGGGCCAACAAGAAGACGGUGGAUGAGAAGGAGGUGCUGAAGAGCCUCCCAGACAAGCUGAAGGCCGAGAUCGCCAUCAACGUGCACCUGGACACGCUGAAGAAGGUUCGCAUCUUCCAGGACUGUGAAGCGGGGCUGCUGGUGGAGCUGGUGCUAAAGCUGCGGCCCACUGUGUUCAGCCCUGGGGAUUAUAUCUGCAAGAAGGGAGACAUUGGGAAGGAGAUGUACAUCAUCAAUGAGGGCAAGCUGGCCGUGGUGGCCGAUGAUGGGGUCACCCAGUUCGUGGUCCUCAGCGAUGGCAGCUACUUCGGGGAGAUCAGCAUCCUGAACAUCAAGGGGAGCAAAUCGGGGAACCGCAGGACGGCCAACAUCCGCAGCAUCGGCUACUCAGACCUGUUUUGCCUCUCCAAGGACGAUCUCAUGGAGGCCCUCACCGAGUACCCCGAAGCCAAGAAGGCUCUGGAGGAGAAAGGACGGCAGAUCCUGAUGAAGGACAACCUGAUUGAUGAGGAGCUGGCCAGGGCGGGGGCGGACCCCAAGGACCUUGAGGAGAAGGUGGAGCAGCUGGGGUCCUCCCUGGACACCCUGCAGACGAGGUUUGCACGCCUCCUGGCUGAGUACAACGCCACCCAGAUGAAGAUGAAGCAGCGUCUCAGCCAACUGGAGAGCCAGGUGAAGGGUGGUGGGGACAACCCCCUGGCUGAUGGGGAAGUUCCCGGGGAUGCUACAAAAACAGAGGACAAACAACAGUGAAGAUGCAGCCUCUGUCUCCUGCUUCACGGGGUCGACUGUCAGGGCGACGCUAUGUGGCUGCAGCUGUGUGGCAUGGAACUUGGUCAGAGCUUAAUUCCAGCUCGAUUCACCCUUUAAAAGCUGUGUGACUGCCCAAGAGAGCCUGUUUCUUCACCUAGAAAAUGGGACAUUUGUCUCAGUCCCAGUGAAGUGCCAGGUUUGACUGUGAGGUUCGCAUGAAACACUGCACCAGGCAGGGCUUUGCAAAGUGCAAAGUAUCCCCGGUCCAAGUAUAGGAAAGUGUGCACACAGGACUCUCACUACUUUUUUAUGGAAUCUGCAAGGCGUUUUUAGGCUUUUUAAUCUAAUUUUCUUAUAAAUGAAAGAUUCUUUAGUCACCUUUCUCCUCCCCAACUUCACUCCACCACCACCUGAUAAUGGGUAUAUAACAGAAAGCUGAAGGUACAACGUAGUGACUCAAAUUCAGACUUACACAAGACAGUUUGAGGCAUAUUUCUGACUCUGGUAUCACCUCGUGUGCUCUUUGGGGCCCUGGAAACCCUGGCCUUUGGGAGUGCUAUGGCAAGUAGAAGUUCUGUAGGAUGGAAAGAGGCUGCCCCAUGUGAGGUCACUUCCAAUCUGUGAAGCAAAUCCAGACUCCCUGCCAUCCAGCCACGGUGAAACCAGCGUCUGUUUUACAGAAAAGAGCAUCUCAGGAGAAGAGACAUCCCCUCCUCCUCACUUGCCAAAGAGAUUCAGAGACAGCGCCUAUCCUCCAUUCUUGAGUCAAGGCCCUGGGUGACCUAUUCGAACUCAAGGAGGAGAGCAACGUACAGGGAGAGCCUUUUAGAUUGAAGGCUGGAGUGGUGUCCUAAACCAAAAAAGCCGACAACUAAGAGUUUUAGAAGAUGAGACCAUUAGGCAUGUAUCUUUGCAAACUGCCCCUUCACCCACGAAGAGGAAGCCUCAAGAUCCCUUGGAACUGCAUCCCAGGGCAAAGCUUUUGGCUCACCGAAAGCUCACAGAUUGCAGAAAUUAGCUUUUUUAAAAAAAAACAAAUCCCAGUAAAUAUAAUUAUCAUUAACAUUUUAUAACAGAUUUAUAUUUUUGAGUUCUGUGAUUGCAAAUUAUGACCUCAAUAUUCCAUCCUUAUGUAAUAUGUUGCAAAUUACCCAAAGAUGAGUCUUCUUUCUUUCCUUUUUUUUUCUUCUUACUUCUUUCUUCCUCUUUCUCUCUCCUCUUUUCCUCCUCAAAAUGUAUAUAUUUUAAAAGCCUUAACUAUUAGUUAUGCCUGCAUUCAUAUUUGCACAGGCAAAAUAAAGACCUGGAUUUAAAAAUA